AUGUCUAAAUACGACCAAUACGAGGGUUUCCAAGUCGAGUCCCCCGAGACCUGGACCCAGUUUCACUUGAACAAGUUCGACACCAAACCCUUCGGUGAUAACGAUGUAGAAGUCAAGAUCGAAUGCUGUGGUGUAUGCGCUAGCGAUAUUCACACCAUCACCGGCGGCUGGGGUGCUCAGCGUUUCCCGUUGGCCGUCGGCCACGAGAUCGUCGGUAAGGCUUUGAGGGUUGGCCCAAAGGUGACUCUUGUCAAACCCGGCCAGCGUGUUGGUGUUGGCGCCCAAUCGUGGUCUUGCUUGAGCUGUCGCCAAUGCAAAAACGACAAUGAGACAUACUGCUCCCAAUGGGUAGACACUUAUGGUGCUGUUUGGCCGGAUACUGGUAUCGUGACCCAGGGUGGCUUUUCAUCCCACGUGAGGACGCAUGAAUACUGGGUAUACCCACUUCCAGAAUCGAUACCAAGCCACCUUGCCGCGCCGAUGCUAUGUGCCGGUAUCACCAGUUAUAGCCCGUUAGUGCGAAACGGUGCUGGACCCGGCAAGAAGGUCGGUGUCGUUGGCUUGGGAGGUUUAGGACACUUCGCCGUUCUCUUCAGCAAAGCACUAGGCGCCGAGACGUGGGUCAUCUCACGUACACAUAGCAAGGAGGCGGACGCGAAGGCGAUGGGUGCCGACGGAUUCCUGGCCACGCAAGAUAAGGACUGGAACAAGGACCACCUAUUGUCGUUCGACCUUAUCAUCAGCACCGCAAAUAGCACCGGCGCAGGCUUCGACCUAAGCGGUUAUCUUGCCCUUCUUGACGUCCACGCGAAGUGGAUCUCGGUUGGCUUACCCGAAGGAGAAGGACUAAACGUAAAGGCUAUGGACCUCGUCGCCAAUGGCUGCUUAAUCGGCUCGUCGCACCUAGGAAGCCGACGUGAGAUGCUAGAGAUGUUUCAGUUGGCCGCAGACAAGGGGAUCAAGUCCUGGGUCGAGUCAGUGCCCCUCAGCGCGGAAAACCUAUCCACGACGGUGCAGAAGCUGAAGAAAUCCGACGUUCGGUACCGGUUUACCAUGACCGACUACGACAAGGUCUUCGGCGCGUAG